GGAAUCUCGCAUAACCCUCCCUUCGCCCUACCGCGUAGGACAAACACCAUCAUCAAAAAAGCGCGACGUGAUCCCCUUGCCGUUAGAUCCAGCGUGAAAUAAAUUUACUGUACAAUUAAUUCAAUACUGUGUCGCGCAGUGCUGAGCGCAACGAGGUCCAGGCAAAAGGGGUGUUACAACCCCCCUCCCCUAAAAUCAGUCGAGAGAGAAAAAAAACGCGAGAGAAGGAGGCAAAAAUGGCUUCCAACCACAAACCCAUCCGUUCGCGGUUCUCCAGUCCGUUACAUUCGAGCUCGCCUUCCGGUUAUAAUGGUCAAAGAACAUUCAUGCAAAGGUGGCUCGAACCACCAGUGCAGAACAAAGCCAGCUUCCAGGAGGCAGGACUAAUUAGAGGCGGAGUGGUGGAAAACAUGGCUCCUCUGGGUACAUUACCAAAGGCAGCUAUGCAUAAGAAAUUACCUGUAAAUGGAGAGGCAUUGCCAACUCCUCCGGUGAAGACACGGAUUGUUUUAAAGAAACCAUACGUUACCCCGACAGUUACGGAGAGGGUACCGAGCAGAAGAGAAGAAUCGGCCGAAGAGGCGGGUGCUGAGGUGGAUAUGGUGGACGCGGUGGAUGCAGUGGAUGCGGCACCAUUAUCGCCAUUAUCCCAGCCUCUCCUUCCAAUUUCAAUUAUGGACGAUGGAGAAGAUGAAGAUUAUGUGCCUAAAAAAUCAAAGGUGCGACCAACUUCCAACCAGGGCAACCAGGGCAACCAAGUCGACGAAAUCGACGAAAUCGACCAAGUCAACCAAGUCACCCCGAGCAACGCAGCAAGAAGACAUUCUUCUAGGCGACGAAGUGCACGAACCAGCCCUACACCAGCUGAUUCUUCACCUAUUCACAUUCACCGCGCAACCAUAACAACAACUACACCCACAAUCUCAUCUCCUCAUUUUCAUCCUCCUACUUCUAUUCUAAAUCAUCGUGAACCCGACAAAGAAUUUGCAGAUAAAGUUGUCGAGGCUGCGGUAGACGAGGCUCUUAGGCAUUAUCGCUACCCCACAGCCUGGGCACUUCGUCUACUUUACGAUGAAAAUUCAUCUGACCCUCACUUUGUGUCUAUGAUUGAAGAUAUUUAUCAUCAACGAGCAGACAUAGAUACAAUCAAAGAGUUUAACAGGCUUGUAUCCGACAAGAAAAAGGACGGUAAAAAGGAUAACAAAGGCUGUUACUAUUUUGUGCCUCCGUCGACGGGUAGCCGCUUUACGCCUCACAAGCCGAAGCCUGCACCUUAUGCAGAACUGGUCAAAAUGGAUCUAAGCAUUCUUCCUGAAGACACGCCCGAUGAGCAUGUCAGUAAGAAAGUGAAGCUUGAUCUUGAUGAAGAUCUUGACCAAAAUGAAGAUGGCAUGGCAAACGAAGGCAGCAACCAUUCCAUUCAACUCAAAAUAAAUGGAAUCAGCCGUCUUAAAGGUCUCACAGGCACCAAGUCACCAACCAAGUCACCACGAAAGUCACCACGAAAGUCACCAAAGUCGCGAAAACAGCGAUCAGGAUCUGUUAGCAGCUCGUCAUCUCUAUCUUCAGUUCCUGAUGAUGUACCCGAUGACUAUGAAGAGUACAUGGAUCAGGUGGAUGACAACCUGGGUGUCGCGCGUCCCAUAGCUGCCGAGCCAAAUAAUGCGCAAAUCCCGGCAGGCUCAAGCCAGCCAAUCAGCAGCCACCAGAAGAAACCCGCCGCGAAAAAGAAGAAUGGUGCAUCACCCAAGCAUCCGCCCUCACAAAACACUACCCGUUCACACCCUCCCUCUCGUGAUUCGAGUAUGCCCGCUGUUGUUACUGCUAACGGUUCCCCCCAUCCGCCCCAUCACCAUCAGAACAAGCAACAAGCAUCUACCAACUUGAAGUUUGCGAGCAGAUUUGGAGAAGUAGAUGAUUCUGAUCUACUUGUUCGCAAAAAGUUGAGCAAGAAGUUGGAGAAUACCAGUACCACCAAGGACAUCUGCGAAGAUAGCUUCAUCCGCAAGCCCCUUGACUUUGACGCUAUACCCUUCGAGCUGGCUAUUCCGCCUCCGCCUCCGCCUCCUCCUCAUGCAGCGGAACAGAGCCGCUCAUCUCGGACGCCAGCUUUGAGCUCGCGAGCUGCCAGAGCGGCUAAGAGACAUCAUGACGAUCUUGAUGAUUCCAUCUCACCUACUGCGCUGUCAUUCAGAGCUGCCGAUCUGGAGCCGCAGUCCUCGGCCCGCGGCUCGCGUGCCGCGACGCCUUCCAACCCUCGCUCCAACAAGAAGCCCCGAGCAGGACUGCGCGUGAAGAAUUCACCGAUGAAAAAGAAGGGCACUUCUGCGGGAAUUCCUCGUAGUAAUGGUGAUCGGCAGAGCCCUGUGGGCAACGGACCGCCGAACAACCAGGACGAAAAUGACGACUCCUGCUAUACUUGCGGGGGUAAUGGUGAACUGGUCUGCUGUGAUGGAUGCAAUUAUUCCUUCCACUUCCUAUGCAUAGAUCCUCCGAUGGACGAAGGCCGCAUGCCCGAUGAAUGGUAUUGCAACGAAUGCAAGCAUCGCCAAUGCCCACCUUUCAGCGAGCAUGAUGGGCCCUUGCGUUCCCUAUUCACCGUCCUAGACAGGAAGAACCCUAGAGCGUUUCGUCUUCCCGAGGACAUCAGAGAUCUUUUUGAGGGUGUUCGGACGGGGCCUGAGGGCGAGUACGAAGAGAUUGCCCCUCCUAAGCCCAAGACGAGCAAGAAGAAUGUCGAUGAGCCCUUUGACUUCUUCAAGGUCAGAAACGCGGAUGGCGCAGUGCUUUGUCAUUAUUGCCAGAAGGGAGUAUCGGAUAACCGUCCCAUUAUUCCCUGCUCGGUAUGCGGGCUUAAUUGGCAUCUCGAAUGCUUAGAUCCGCCUUUGGCCGUCCCGCCCGUUCCUCGGACCUGGCGCUGCCCUUGCCACGUUGACGACAUGCUUAGUGAGCUGCCUGAAAGACUGGCACCGGCACAUCGCCACCGCAAGAUCAAGAAUGCGCCAGUCAUCGAGCAGAGCUACAGUAGAGGGAUGGCCAACGACGGUUGGAUAGAGAUCGAGAACGACGACAGCGAAGAUGAUGCAGAUGCUUGGCGACGGCACAAGGGCUUUGGUCAGGUCCACCGACUAUCUGCAAAGGGCAUCAAACUGGAUUUCAUCUCCCGUAUACGCCAGAACCGCCAACAAAGCUCUAUCCGGGUUGGUACGUCUAGCCCUGCUCCUGCAGUUCAAUCCAAAGCACGGACUCUUCAGGAGCAGCAAGCGGCAUUGAACCUUGCUCAGCUGGCUGGCGGUCCUAACGAUGGUCUCAGUAUAUUACACGAAGCCAUGAUAUCCCAAGCUAGUCCUAGUGUUCUUUCCCUCAUGGCAGCCGGGGAUGCUACACGCAUUGCCGCUGGUGGUCUGUCCUCAGUUGACAUUGCUAGUCUUGAGGCUAUGCUUCUUCAAGCGGAUUCCAUGAGAGAGGCUAUCCGCCAGACUCUGCAGGGCAGAAAUCAGCAUAGUUCAGAAAGUACUGCGGAUGAAGCAUCAUGCGAAGAUACGAAGCUCGAGAUACCCUUUUCAAACGAGAGCCCCGAAGACGACAAGACUGUUGUUGCAGAUGAUAAGAACUGCACUCCGAGUAAAGACGCCGCUCGUGACUCUGACGACCAUGAUCGCAAGCCCACUGCCGAUGAUUCUACAAUGCAGAUCGACUAAAAAUAUCAUCCCUCCGUACGCCGCGCACGCUGUUGCUUUUGCAAUGUUUUACGUUUCCUUUGAAAUGGUCGUGGCAGAAUCUUGUCUGCCCUAGACCACGGAAUCAUAUGGAUUUCGAUACCUGCGAACCGAGCAUGAAAGAUAUCGAAGCUUCGUAUCCAUGGUAUCAGAUCGUAUUAAUUUUCUUUACUCCAUCAACAUGAUUUGACGGAAAUCGCAUUAAUUUC